AUGCCCUUAUCUCCCACCGCUGGAGCCGCCUCCGCCGCAACGUACACUACAAUCCCUAUCUCCAUUUCUGACGUCAUUUCACGAUCAAUUCAGAACCUGUCGGCUUUCCUUUCCCGCUGCCGCCCCUGGCUUGAAUUCCUUGCCACUACGUCCGCCAUCGAAGUUCCCUCCUCCACGUCUGACGCCAGCGUCCGUCUCCGCCGGAACGCUAACUACUUCUCAGUCAACUACGCCAUCAUCAUCUCCGCCUGCGCCGCUGUUUCUCUUAUUGGUGCUCCGAUUGUGCUUUUAAUUAUCGGUACUGUUUACUUUAUGUGGUUGAUUCUCCAUUUCUUCCGGGAAGAUCCGUUACUAAUCUGGGGCUGCCACGUAAGCGAUCGGGCCAUUGUUGUGAGCCUGGUAUUGGUCUCCAUAGCGGCCAUUUGGUUCACGGGAGCAUUGAAUAAUCUUUGGAUUGGCAUUGGGAUAGGGCUCUUGGUUUCCGCCAUUCAUGGGGUUUUGAGAACACCAGAGGGGAUUUUUCUUGACGAAAACGAUGCCAUUUCUAACGGUUUGAUCGCAUCAAAAUCUACAGUUUCGAGUCCUCAUGGUGGUGGAAUUUCCUAUAAUCUGCCUUCGUAA